AUGGCGGAAGAUAUCGUCAUCGACAAGACGAUCUUCUUCGAUCGCUUGUCGUCCUUUUACAAUGCAUGGAAAGCAGAUAAACGAUCGGGCGCUGGCGUUUUUGGAGGAGUUGGUUCCAUCGUCAUUUUGAUGGGCAAGACGGACGAGACAAAUGCAUUUCAGAAAGCCAACGCGAUGCAUUUCUGGCUUCUUGGAUAUGAAUUCCCCGCAACUCUUUUCGUUUUCACCAUAGACACGAUGUAUGUCGUAACGACAGCGAAGAAAGCGAAACAUCUGGAACGACUUAAGGGCGGUAAAAUUCCCGUCGAGAUUCUAGUAACAACAAAGGACCCCGCAGACAAGGCAAAGGCUUUCUCGAAAUGCACAGAAGCUAUUAAGGCAGCUGGGAACAAAGUCGGAACUCUACCCAAGGAUAGUGCUCAAGGACCCUUUGCCGAAGAAUGGAAGCGGGCUUUUGGAGAAGACUUAAAGGAUGUGGAGGAAGUCGAUAUAUCUCCUGCCCUUUCUGCGGCAGCUUUCUCUAUCAAAGGACAGGAAGAGCUGGUGUCGAUGCGCAACGCAGCCAGAGCUUGCAGCGGCCUUAUGUCCGAGUACUUCGUUGACGACAUGUCCCAACUCUUGGAUGAAGGGAAGAAGAUAACCCACAAAGCCCUAGCUACCAGGAUUGACGCCAAAAUUGACGAUGCCAAGUUUUUCAGCAAACUAGCAAAACUCCCGUCAGAGUUUGACCCUCAGCAAAUUGACUGGGCAUAUGGACCCAUUGUUCAAAGUGGAGGGAACUACGACCUGCGCUUGACUGCAACCGCCAAUUCGGACGAGCUUCAUGCCGGUAUCAUCAUUGCGGGUUUUGGCAUAAGGUACAAGACAUAUAGCGCCAUCAUUGCACGAACUUACUUGGUAGAUCCAACAAAGGCCCAAGAGACGAACUAUGGCUUUCUUCUGAAUAUAUACGACGCAGUCAUCAAAGAUAUCCGAGACGGCGUCACAUCCAAGGACCUCUAUAACAAAGCCAUAGGCAUCGUGCGUGCAAAACGCCCCGAUUUGGAGAACAACUUCCUGAAGAAUAUUGGUGCUGGCAUUGGAAUUGAAUUGAGAGACUCCAAUAUGGUGUUGAAUGGGAAGAAUACUCGGACACUGAAAAGCGGCAUGACGCUUUACAUCUCCAUUGGCCUGACAGAUGUUAAAGAUGGGGAUUCUAGGGACAAGAAAAACUCGGUUUAUUCUAUGGUCAUAACCGACACUGUUCGUGUCAGUGAAACUGGCGCCCAUGUGUUUACCAAGGAUGCGGGUAUUGAUAUGGACUCGGUCUCGUUCUACUUUGGUGAUGAGGAGGAGCCCCAGAAAGCUACAAAGGAGAAGGCAGAUAUACGUUCUAGCGCGAUCGCGAGCAAAAAUAUCACAAAAACGAAACUGCGCGCUGAAAGGCCAACUCAAAUCAACGAGGGUGCUGAAGCACGUCGCCGAGAACAUCAAAAAGAACUGGCGUCUAAGAAGUUGAAGGAAGGACUUGAACGGUUCGCUGGCACUACCGGUGAUGGUAACGGUGAAGCCCAAAAGAAGUUUAAACGUUUCGAGUCCUACAAGCGUGAUAACCAGCUGCCUUCCAGUGUGAAGGACCUGACAGUACACGUCGACCACAAAGCUUCUACGGUUAUUGUGCCAAUCAUGGGACGACCAGUGCCAUUCCACAUCAAUACUAUUAAGAACGCUAGCAAAAGCGACGAAGGGGAGUAUGCUUAUCUGCGAAUCAACUUCCUCUCUCCUGGUCAGGGUGUGGGAAGGAAAGAUGAUCAGCCAUUCGAAGAUCCAUCAGCAAAUUUCGUCAGGAAUUUGACACUCCGAUCCAAGGACAACGACAGGUUUGCUCGAAUUGCUCAAGACAUUACAGAGCUUCGAAAGACCGCAUUGCGCAGAGAACAAGAACGUAAGGAGAUGGAAGACGUGGUAGAGCAAGACAAACUGGUGGAGAUUCGCAAUCGACGACCCGUGAAGCUACCAGAUGUCUAUCUCCGUCCACCUUUGGAUGGAAAACGAGUUCCUGGAGAGGUUGAGAUCCAUCAAAAUGGUCUCCGAUACCAGUCGCCGCUGCGAAAUGAACAUGUUGAUGUUCUAUUCAGCAAUGUCAAGCAUCUGUUUUUCCAGCCGUGUGCUCAUGAGCUCAUCGUAAUUAUUCACGUGCAUCUUAAGACACCCAUCUUGGUGGGUAAAAGGAAGACAAAGGAUGUUCAGUUCAUUCGUGAGGCGACUGAAAUGCAAUUCGAUGAGACCGGCAAUCGCCGCCGUAAGCAUCGCUACGGAGAUGAAGAGGAAUUCGAAGCGGAACAGGAAGAACGACGACGCAGGGCAGCCCUAGACCGGGAGUUCAAAGCCUUUGCUGAAAAGAUCUCUGAUGCUGGCAAAGAUGAAGGCGUUGAUGUGGAUAUUCCAUUCCGCGAAAUUGGAUUCAGUGGUGUGCCAAACAGAUCUAAUGUCUUGAUUCAACCGACUACGGAUGCCAUCGUGCAAUUGACCGAGCCGCCUUUCCUUGUCGUAACUUUGAACGAAAUUGAGGUUGCUCAUUUAGAGCGUGUACAGUUCGGCCUGAAAAAUUUUGACCUAGUUUUCGUCCUCAAGGACUUCAAUCGGCCACCGAUUCAUAUUAAUACGAUUCCUGUUGAAUCGCUGGAGGGAGUCAAGGACUGGCUCGAUUCAGUGGAUAUUCCAUUUACCGAAGGACCCCUCAACUUGAACUGGGGUACCAUUAUGAAGACCGUUGCAGCGGAUCCGUACAACUUCUUCGCUGACGGAGGCUGGUCGUUCCUGGCGGUUGAGUCAGAUUCUGAAGAUGGCGAUGAGUCGGAAGAAGAAUCCGCUUUCGAACUGUCGGAAUCUGAGAUGAAUGCAUCGGAUGAGAGUUCGGAAGAGGACAGCGACUUCGACGAUGAUGCCAGUGCUGAAGCUAGUGAUGAAGACCUUAGUGCUGAAGAGAGCGGUGAGGACUGGGAUGAGCUGGAGCGCCAGGCAAAGAAGAAGGAUAGAGAAAGUGGACUUGAUGACGAGCGAAGCAAGAAACGCAAGCGUUGA